AUGAAGGUCCGACGGCGGCAGCGGCGGCGGCGGCGCGCCGUGCCACGCGCCGGACAAGCGGCCUGUGUCAAACAAUUUCAUGUACGACGACCCCGGCGGCGACUCCUCUGCCGGCUUCACUGGGGCCACUGGCGGGGGAGCAGGCAUCGCCGGCUCUCGCUGCAUCGUGCUAGCGUUCGGUGCGGCGCCGAAGAGGUUCCACAGCCUCGAGCCGGAGUGCGCGGCGGCCCUGGGCGGCGGGACCGACGCGGAACCCGCGGGCAGUUCUUGAUUUACACUCGCGUUGGUUGUGGUGGCACUCUCCGGGGCCUCUGCGGCGGUCCCAGCCGCCCCGGCGUGCGCCGUCUCUUGGGGAGCGACGUUCAGCGCCGCAAACUCCGACGGCGACGGCGACGGCGACGGCGACGAUGA